AUGGAGGGCGAAAACCAAAGAAAUGACGACUCGAUGGCCUCAGGAUCCGGUCUAAACCCAGACCUUCCACUACAAUCCAUCGAAAACAACGACACAGGCUCUACACAGGAAGUAUCAGCUCCAAUGCCUCGCACUGGAGAACGAAGACCACAAAGAGGUGGGCUGAUCAGAAUCCGGCGUCAUCAAAGAGUUCCAAGUUCCUCGCAAGUUCCAUCAUACCUUCUGAGAGCAAGAAGAGGCUCCAGUCCCGCGUAUGCGGCAGCUCUCAGUUCUUACCUUGGCCCCAUAAAUCCUCGAGGACAUCAAAGACUGCCUGAAGAUCCACUACCUACCAUGAUUCCCAAUCGAGUCCAAGAACCAGAGUCUUACUUGCGAAGAGCCAACACCGAGAACACGCAGUCAUUGUCUCGGGCUCGCAAUAAUAAUACAUUAGGCUCUAAUCAUCCAGCAGGAUUACAAUUACAACCAGGAAAAAAUGUUUCUUCUAGUCAAGUAGCCGAUCAUACAAUGGCAGACAGAGUUCAACCCCUUUCUGGAAACUUCCACUAUACAGGUCCUAUCAGUUACAAUCCACUCACCGAGGCACUGAAUCCCCGAAACGCUCAAUUCUACUCAACACCGAUGUCUCCCAACCCAAAAAAACGUCGUCAAAUGCAGUCCGAUGCUGCUCAUUACUCCUCCAUUCAGCGAUCUGACCCCGCGAAUCGACGGUCCUCUCAACGAGAUUCAUAUAUGGGAGGCGUGGAACCAUCAGUAGAUUUGCAAGCAUUGAGAAGCGUAGCCGUUGGAUCAAGUAAUGCUACCCAAGGUGCUUGGGGUGUUUUAAUUCCUAAGCAACCCCAAAGAAAGAGAGGACGCACGACAGGAUCGAAAACCAACAAUACUGACUCUGUAACUAUGCAGCCACCACCACCGUGCCCCAUUGCUCCCAGUCCUCCAGAAAGAAGUCCUGUUCUAUCAUCUGCUAUCCCGGUCGUUCUCAACGAACAAAUCGAUAGACCACGCUCAAAGCGUAAAACUACGUUUAGCCUUGUCAAGAACGCUGCUGCGAUGCUUGACCCCUUCACCAAGAUAGUUCCAGCUACCGUCAAGCUAGUAGCGGACAACGAUGAAGUGUGGGAGUACAGAUAUGCGGGAACUAGACGGAACUGGAAGAAAGGACAAGGUGGAAAGGUCACUGUUGCAAAGCUCAACGAAUGGGCAAACGCUAUCAUACGUCGCAGACUUCCGGGAAGUUUUCCUCCUGCUGCAAAGAAAAGACUCUUUUCUGCUCCUCCUCCACCUAGGCUAAAUAAUGACAAGUGGACAGAGUGGGAAAGAGCAUUCCUAGAGGCACAUAUUCUGGAUGCAGUGAAGGCUAAGGAGGGCAAUCUAGAUGAAGAAGAUUGGCAGCUUAUCGCAGACGCUCAGAAUGAGGAGUUUCUUGGUCAAAAGAGACUUCCAGGAUUGCCUAUGGCACUAUUAACCUCGCGUAGUCUCACCAUUAAUGAUGUUCCAGUCAUUAGAGGUGGAGGCUAUACUAAGACCGAAGGAUGUUUUCCAAAGCGCUCAAGCUCCGAGAUUCAAAACAUUCUCUACCAUUGGCCUGAUAUUCAUGAGAAAAUCAAGCAGCUUAUUAGGAGACACCGUGGGAAGGUUCCAAUCUAUGUAGAUUGUGACACCGAUAUCAGUGACUCGGAGCGUACGUCAGAUGAUGAGAAUGGAGAGAAGGAAGCAGAUAAAGCUGAGAUUGGUGCUUCAAAGUCUAUUUCUGAGGGUUGA